AUGGGCGCGCCGCGGGGCCGGCAGGGCCGCCGCCCGCCGCGCCGCCGAGGAUGCCUGCCGCUGCCGCUGCCGCCGCCGCUCCCCCUAACGCUCCCGCCGCCGCUCCCGCUCCCCGCGCCGCCCCCGCUCCCGCCCCGCUACCCUCGCAGCCGCGGCCCCGCGAGCUCCCGCGGGCGGACCAUGCUGCGGGCGCAGGGCCGGGGCAGCCGGCGGCGCCUCCUCGUCUCCGCUCCUGCCGGGCUCGGGCGGGAGCGCCAGGCGGCCGCGUCCCCGGCGCUGGGAGGGCGCGAUCGGGAAGCGGCAGCGCCGCCCGGCGGAGCGGCCCCACGUGACCGGCGGAGGCGCCGCGUGUCCCGGCACCGCCCCGGGGGCGGGCUGCGGGCCGGGGCCGGGUCCCGGGCGCCGCGCGGGCCUCCCCCGCCCCUGCCGGCGCUCGGCCUCCGGCGCUCGGGGCCUCCUCCUCCCGGCUCCCUCCUGGGGCCGAGCCCCCGCGGCCCCCGCCGGCUCCCCGCAGCCCCUCGCCCUCCGCGCGCCCCGCACCCACCGCGAGGGGAACGGCGGGCUCGGGGCCUGCGGCGCGCGGCGGGAGCUCAGCACGGAGCGUGGCCGAACAAAAGAAGACGAGAAAGCGGGCGACCAUCGCUCGUGCGGCAAACGUUCACUGAGGCCCUGUUUUGUGCCAGACGGACCGAGACAGACCGACGUUCCCGGGAAGGCUUCGAGCAGUGUAUUAAUAACAAGGCGGGAAGAGCACGGUUGAAAGGCAGCGUCCUGAAGCCGAGCGAGCGCGGUGACGCUCGGAGCCACGAUUCCCGGGCGCGCGCGGGAGGCUGUUCCUUCUGUCCGCGGCUCAGCGGCUCCCGACCGCCCUGCGCCCCCGCCCCCGGCCGCCCCGGCCCCGCGCCCCCUCGGCCCGCGCGGCCUCGCCACCCGCUCGCCUGCAGCGCGGAAGGCCGGACUCGCUCCGGUUCCCACGAGGCUGCGGGGCUGCUGACCGCCCCCCCCCGCCCCGCUGGUUCGCGCUUCCCCUCCUCCGGCCCGGCUCGGGCCACACCCCCGCGGCGCACGGGCGCGCUCUCUCCCGGCUCCGGACGCGCAGCCCGCGGUGGGUGA